AUGGUAGAAGAAGUUCCUAUUGUUCUUGAUAUUGGUUCUUACAGUAUUAAAGCUGGAACUGCAGAAGAUGAAGCACCAUCUUGUAUUAUCAGAAACGUUAUUGGAGAACAUGAAACUGGAAAGAUUUAUGGAGAGAGUGUUUUUAAUAAUAACAUUAAGGAUUACCAUUAUCCUAUUAAUAGGGGAAUGGUCUCUGACUAUGAUGAUAUUGAAGGAAUUUUGCGAUUUGUGUUUGAUGAAAAUAUGGGUGUUGAUGCUUCAACAAGACCAAUUAUUGUUACCGAAGAGGCUUUAUGUCCAAAUUUAAGAAAACAGGAAUAUGGCGAACUUUUCUUUGAGAAAUUUGAAACCCCAGGGCUUUACUUUGAACUAACCGGAAAUUGUGCCUUAAUUCCACUUGACCUUGAAACUGGAUUAACUGUAGAUUUCGGAGAAAGUUUUGUUAGUAUUUUCCCAUUCUAUAAUGGUACUUACAUUUUUAAUGCAAGUGAUAAACAAUGUUUUGGUGGAUUAGAUUGUUCUACUCAUUUAGCUACUAUUUUAGCUCAACAAGGGUAUACCCUUAACAUUGACAAGGAUAGAGAGUUAUUGAAUACUAUUAAGGAAAAUUACUCAGUUGCUAGGCUUGAUGGAGUUGAGGAUACCAUCAAAGAAUAUACUCUUCCUGAUGGUAAAGUUAUUUCCAUCAAUUGUUGUGAUGUUAUUGAACCAUUAAUUGUUCCAAUGUCAAUUGAUAAAAAGAAUGAAAUGCAAGGUAUUGCAAAAAUGAUUGUUGAUUGUAUUAUGAAAUGCCCAAUUGAUUGUAGAAGUGAUUUAUUUGGAACAAUUAAUUUGAUUGGAGCUGCCUCUAAAUUAAAGGGAAUGGGAACAAGAAUUAAAAACGAUAUUUCAAAGAUUCUUAAAGAUCAAGGAAAUAAUGCACAAGUAAAAGUUAAUUUAUUUGAUAAUAGUGAAGUACUUGCAUGGUAUGGAGCUGCUUGCACAGGUGCGUUAUCUUCUAUUGUUGAAAGAUAUUGUACAAAAGAGCAAUAUGAUGAAAAUGGUUCAUUCUUUGUUUCCCAAAUGUUUGCCCGUGAAGGAUAA